AUGUAUAAUGUUGUGCCAGACACAGAGCCGCGACCAGAACACAAAGACACAAAGACAAAGGCGCUCCUCUCUUUCUUUCUCUUGUCGAGAUUGAGAAUGAAAAUCGAAAUUGCGUCAAAGGCAAGAAACAGGGCACGGAACACCCUCCGUGCGCUGCGCACUCGUACCUGGGCCGCACUUCGGUACCUGGUACCCCGUGCUGGUGCUGGGACUCCGUACUCCGUGCAGGAAUCAGGAGACGGCCGCAGAAACCAGAAACCAAACGGCAGGGUUUCCAUUUGGUUUGCCUCAGCAGGGCCGUUAGUGAGCACGAACAAACGUUCAGCCCGUGGGGCGCAGCAUCGAUGGCUGGUGAGAGCCGGCGAGUGUACAGUAGAGCAGUUGAGAGAGCCGUGCAGAGCCAGCGACAGCCAGCAACAGGCAUCAAUUGGCCGUCCUUCCAGCGGCUUCCACAGGCGAUGGGGCCCAUCUCCAUCAGGGCUCUCCAUUUAUUUUCCUGUCGCAGUCGCGCGCGCCCGACGGUGGGGUGUAGCCAAGUCUGACUGGGCCAUUGGCCCGCUGACCCGGGUUGAUCACCAGGUCGAAUGGAGAGGCCGUAAAGGGGGAUGCUGGAGGCAUGCGAAGGAGCAAUUGGAGGGCCACAAAGAGGUGCCGGGGGGCGUGUGGCGAGAAGGCCCCCAGCGCCUUGGUUGCUGGGCACUGUACGCUAAAAAGGGUCAACUUUGGCUCUACAGUGUUAAUAUUCUUGAUUAA